AAGAUUGUUAUUGGUCAGAAGCUGCCGAUUCGAGAAGAACAACAAAUCGAAAACGUUAGUGACGUUUCACUACGAUGCUCAGAUUGGCUGGAGUAAUUCUGUCAAAGCAUGAUAAGGCUAAGGUAACCCACUGAGGUUGAUUCUGGUUCUCUAGUAAUGAACUUGUUUGUUUUUAUGAUAUCAGUUUUGUUGUUGACUUGAUUGAUGGUCCCAAUCUUCAAAAAUAACACUUUGUAACAUGAUAAUACAUAAUGAGUUUAGACUUAAAUCUUAUUCUUGGUUAUACACCUUCUAGAUCGAUACGCGUAAUGUUUCAGAUUAUGGCCAUUGGUUCGUAUAUUCUUUCUUGCCCCUGCAGGUAUCGUUGUCCCUCCCAACUCAGCUGGUGGUUUCUUAGGUCUUUUCAAUGAAACCAACGGUUGCUCCUCUCUGUUCCAACUUGUGCACAUCGAAUUUGAUACCUAUUACAAUUAUGGAAUGGGAUCCUGUUGAUAUUAAGUUUCUUGUUGGGAUCAACAAUAACUCGUUGCUUCCUCCGGUUUGCUUUAAUGCAUUAUUCACAGGAACAUCAAGACGAGUAAUAUAAUGUUAAGACUCCAGUUUUAAUGCCAAGCUAGGUGACUUUGGGUUUGCUCGGUUGAUGAACCACGAGCUAGGUCCCCAGACUACAGGAUUGGCUGGAACUUUUGGUAACAUGUUGGCUCAUAUAUGUUUCAUAUUUUGUCUUAUCCAUGUGUUACUGUUUAUUCAACUGUAGCGUACUUAUGUUUUUUUGUGGGAUUACCUUUAAUGUCUUCGCUUCGUUGUAGUUCUUUGUCUAUACUGUCAUAAUAAAAGUUUGUAUGUGUUCUUGUCUAAAUUAUAGCAUUUUCUUCUUUCUUUACAUAUUUUAUUUACAGUCAAACUUUUGUUUCUCCUACUUUAACUGUUGUUAAUUUACUCUGUAUUAUACUCUGCUUUAUACUCUGUUUCUUUGCUGUAUAAUUUUCAAACCUUCUUAGCUUAAGAAAAACUUGAUUUUGUGUUCCCUUUUGGUGGCUCACUUCUAUUUAACACCUUUUAAUUACUUAACAUUGAAUUAAACAGUGCUGGUUAUAUACUUGUCGUGUUGGUUUGGUUAGGCUGCUCUGUGCUCUCAUAAGGUUGCUAAAAGGCUCCAGGGAGGUCCACUUUACGACCAGUUACAUUUUCAAGAUUGAUACGUUUAACGACACAACUCACAACUAAGUUUAAGAUUGCAAAGUAUUUAGGAGCAUUCAAGAGUCUUUAAAAGGUUUUUUUUAUAGCAACUGAUUUGACUUUUUUGAUUAUUAAAAGAAGGUUCAAAAGAAAUUUAGUGAUAGUCAUCUUCUAGAAUAGACCCUUAGAUUAAGCUUCUUUCCUUGACCACUCUCUACUUUUUGAAUUGUGUUAUAUGUUCUGUAACUUGAUUAUCUAAAGAUCAUCACUAACCAAAUCUUUGCUGUAUUUUACUUCUGUAAAAUCUUUUACUCCAUGUUCAAUUCAUUCUUCUUCCUUUCCUAUGUCCUCUUCCUUCCUUUUGUUGUUGAUUCACUUUACUUUAAUUUUACUAGUUUCCGGCCAGGUGAUCCGGAGAACAUAGUUUACAACGGGGAUGCAACUCCCGAUGAAGAUGGAACGGUGAACUUCAACAACGCUGAACAAACAUCUCAGGUUGGUUGGAUCACCUAUUCCAAGAAGGUACCUAUAUGGAGUCAUAGAACUGGCCAGUCUUCAAAUUUUAGCACCAGUUUCUCCUUCAAAAUCGAUGCUCGUAACCUUUCAGCAGAUGGUCAUGGGAUCUGUUUCUUUUUCGCUCCUAUGGGAGCUCAGCUACCUGCAUACUCAGUUGGUGGUUUCUUGAAUUUGUUCACUCGAAAGAAUAAUUACUCGUCUUGGUUUCCACUCGUUCAUGUCGAGUUUGACACAUUCAACAAUCGAGGAUGGGAUCCUACGGACGUUGGUUCUCAUGUGGGAAUCAAUAUUAACUCGCUUGUUUCUUCCAACUACACAUCUUGGAAUGCAAGCUCACACAGCCAAGAUAUUGCUCAUGCGAAGAUCUCUUACGAUUCCGUGACUAAGAAUCUAAGUGUGGCUUGGGCUUAUGAGCAUCCUAAGGAGAGUUCAAGCCUUUCGUACAUCAUUGAUCUCGCAAAGGUUCUGCCAUCAGAAGUUAUGCUAGGGUUUAUAGCUGCUGCUGGGUCAAACACAGAGGAACAUAGACUUUUAUCAUGGGAGCUCAGUUCAAGUUUAGAUAGCGAGCAAGCUGAUAGCAAGAUAGGAAUGAUAGUUGGGGUUUCGGUUUCCGGGUUCGUUCUCCUGACCUUUAUGGUCAUCACAACCGCGGUGGUUUGGUCACGGAAGGAAAGAAAGAAGAAGAAAGAAAGAGAUAUAGCAAACAUGAUAUCAAUAAAUGAAGACCUCGAAAGGGAAGCAGGACCAAGAAAGAUAUCUUAUAAGGAUCUUGUCUCGGCAACCAACGGAUUCUCAAGCCAGAGAAAGCUGGGUGAAGGAGGAUUUGGAGCGGUUUAUGAAGGAAACUUGAGAAAGAUCAAUACAAUGGUUGCGGUGAAGAAACUAUCCAGUGGUUCAAGGCAGGGAAUGAAAGAGUUUUUAAACGAAGUUAAGGUCAUCAGCAAACUAAGACAUCGAAACCUAGUGCAACUCAUCGGCUGGUGUAAUGAAAAAAACGAGUUUUUGCUCAUCUAUGAGUUAGUGCCAAAUGGUAGCUUGAACUCUCAUCUCUUUGGUAAAGGACGAGCUCAUAUACUCUCUUGGGACACAAGGUACAACAAGAUAGCUCUUGGUUUAGCCUCUGCUCUGCUUUAUCUUCAUGAAGAAUGGGAUCAAUGUGUACUGCACAGAGACAUCAAGGCAAGCAAUAUAAUGCUGGAUAGUGAUUUCAAUGUAAAGUUAGGUGAUUUCGGGUUGGCUAGGCUUGUGAACCAUGAUUCUGGUUCCCAUAAAACAGGAUUGGCUGGAACUUUUGGAUACAUGGCACCUGAAUAUGUGAUGAAAGGAAGUGCGAGUAAAGAGUCAGAUAUAUAUAGCUUUGGAAUCGUUUUACUAGAGAUUGUCACAGGGAGAAAAGCGCUGGAACGGAAACAAGAAGAUGAAUAUAGUACUGAUGGAGAGAGUGAUGACAUCAGUCUUGUGGAGAGAGUUUGGGAACUUUAUGGGAAACAAGAAGUGAUGACUUCGUGUGUUGAUGAGAAAUUGGGUAAGGAUUUUGAUAAGAAAGAAGCUGAAUGUCUUGUGGUAUUAGGGUUAUGGUGUGCUCAUCCUCAUAAAAACUCGAGACCUUCGAUAAAACAAGCGAUCCAAGUCUUGAAUUUUGAGUCACCGGUCCCUGAUCUUCCACUGAAGAGGCCUGUUGCUAUGUAUCACAUCUCGGCUUCUUCUUCUUCUCCCUCUGUUAGCUCAAGUGGAGUUUCGUUAACGUUCUCAAGCAUUGGGUAUGGUCGUUAGUCAUCAUAGCUAAAGAUUAAAGAUUCCCUAUUUUUUGUUUUGCUCUGUUUUUGUCAUCUCUACGUAUUAUAUUUGUUGACGCACUUGAAUUGAAGCAUGGUUAUUCUUUGUGUUAUCA